AUGAUACUUCUCCCCCGCCCUCUCUCACAUCUAGCAUCACCAGUUGGCGCAAGGAAAGAGAGAGGGAGAGAUAAGUAUCUAGUGAUGGACACCUCGCAACUCCUGAAUCUCCCAACCGAAAUCCUCGUCAACAUCCUCAAAUUCUCCGCGUCCUCCACUUCACCUCCGCCCUACAAAACGCUCCUGAAUGUCGCUCUCACCUGCAGCGCCCUCCACCACGCUGUCUUCUGCACAGAAAAUGAUCUCCUUUGGCGCGAACCCGCGCUAGCACUAGGAAUUCCAGAAUCCCUUCGCUUGGACCACGUCCUGUACCCCGGAAGCUCCACGCUGCAGAAGCGGCUCUGGCGAAACGUGGUCAAGCUAAACCUAGCUUGGGGUCGCCCAUUUCCGGCGAAAACCCCAGUGAUACCCAAGCAGCAGAGAGCAGCGAGGCAGCUUCCACCGGUGGAUAAGAAGGGAGAUUGGUUCGGACGGAGGGUUGUGGAGGUAUUUGUCGCGGGGGAGGGAGCCAAGCGGGAAAAUUCGUACGUUACGAAACCGGCGAGUGUUAGAGAUGAUGGCUGUGCGGUAUUUCAGGUCAGGCCCCCGGGCGGCCCUAACGGCGGCAUUAUCCCAGGAUUGACGUACUCGCUGUCGGGUGGGCCGAAGGUUACCUGCGUGCUGGAUCCCGUGAUGGGUAAGCCGAGGGAGGUGAUUUUGGGGAAUAAUAGGUCGCAUGGUUGGGUUGCGUCGCCGCUCCCGUUACUCACGGAGUGUGUCACGCCGUUUCCAGUGCAAGCGGGAUUUGUGUUUGAGGAAAGGAGCGGGGAGUAUAGAGUUCGCGCGGUAGACGCAUCUACCGCGGCGCUAUCGCAUUCUUGGAACUUGGGAAAGAGAAGGCCUGAUCGGGUGGUUGCGAAUGGGGAGAUACUUGUUGCUGUUACCUACGCUCAUCCUGAUAGUGAUGGCAAAACAUCGCAAAUUCCUAGCAAUCUGGUUUGCGUGGAGUCUUUUGGAGGGCAGGAAGGACGCAGUAGGUGGAAGGCUAGGACGUUGGCAGGCUCGAGGAUUGUUUGGGAAUUCGACCUUAGUAUUCGAUGGCCCCAGGAAAUGAAUAGAUAUACGAGCUUUCCUCACCUGAAGAACUUUCAUAUAACUAGAACUCAUCUAGUUUGUCUGGUCACACAGCACCCGACGGCAACCCUCGGAAAGCUGGUCGGCACAGAUUUCUACAUUCUAGACUUAGAAACUGGGGGAACGGUAAAGCGCAUGAAAUUCAGUACAAAGUCCCCAUCCACUCUACCUGGCAGCCCCCGAGCCGCCUUCACUACAGCUCUUUCACACGAAUUUCUUCUGACCGACACAUACAUUGUAUCCGGGGGAGCUGGAGGGGGCCUAUUGGUCUGGAACUAUGUUUCAGAUGGGCACGAACCUAUAUAUACCAUUCCCGAUCCUCUGGCAUCGGAUACCACAAAGCCGAACGGCACAGCAUCCUCCCUUCCCCGCCAAUGUUCCGCCCUAACAAUGAGUGGGGAUGGAAGGUAUGUCGCAGCGACAACAAGCGACCAAUUAUGGCUCUUCGAUAUGGUAGACAAGAAGGUCCACGCUAUUUACGGCAAUGGCCGCAAGAUCGAAGCCAGGGACUACUACGCUAGGAACCCGGCGGAUGAUUUCCCGGCGGGUGUAUGGUGCUGGUGGAAAGAGUGGAGGAGCAAGCGGGACCAGAGCGGGGCAAUGACUUGGGAAGAGGUUGAUGGGAGUGGAGGAGUUGCGUACCUUACCGGCCUAGACGGGGAGAAAAGGAAACUGAAUGUCGGGAAACUGUUGUUCGAUAUCGCGAUUGGUCCACACUGGGCAUACCUGGCGUUUGCUAUGUCGUUUGGAAUGUAUAGUUACGUGAUAUUGAUGAUUCUGUGGGAAAAGGGUUUGAAAGGGUUUGAGAUUACAGGUGCGGGUUAGCCGGGCAUGAUAGAUGGUUUGGGAUCUGUUUUGCAUUCAUGGAUAGAAGC